CUGUAGGGUGUUGUUUGUUAGCCAUUGUGACAGUUUUUUUGUGUAGGCGGAGGCCUGUCAAAGAUUUGAUGAUUGUAGAACACGUGGUCUUCAUGCUCACCAUCCUCGUGAUUGUUUGUUCUUUUUACGGGAUAACUCAAUACAAGACUUGCAACAGCUAUUGAAAAUGCACAAUAUUGAAUAUAACACAGAAAUACCACCAGCUGCAGGUGCACAGGAUGAAGAAGAAGAGGCACCAGAGGUGGCUGCUGCAGGACGUGAUCAUAGAUUGACCUGUACAGUUACAGAACAAAAAGAAACACCCGAUGGACUGCAAGAUGAGCCAUGUGGUCGAGUCUGUAAAGAAGGGUUUGCAGGACUGUGCGAACUUCAUUACAAGGAGUAUUUGGUUCAACUGAUCAAUGUCAACAACAUUGAUCCUAUUGACACUAUGAAUGAAGAUUACAUUCUACCUGUACUGCUUCGUGAGAAGAAGGAAGUUCCUGCAAGGCAGAUUGGUGAGUCAGAUGCAGACUACAUAGAGAGGCUGCGACAGUACAUGAAAAAUGAAAUUCAUCUUCAGCAAAGAGAUGGACGUGGGGUGUUGCAGGGAAUGUGUGAAGUCAUUCUGUGACUGUAUCUUUUUACAUAAUUAUGGCAAGUCUUUUGAGACAACGUGAAUUUGUAGAGUACUGUUUGCAAGUGGAUGUCAUAGUAAUUCUCAGCAAGUUGAUUAUUGUGUAUUGUAUUCUACUUUGAUGUAGUAGCUAUGACAGGUGGAUGUUGCUAACAAGUGGUUUGUCAAUACAUCUAUGGUGACUGAAC